AUCUUGGAGGCCGGAGGCGGUGCCGCCGGACGGAGCGGAAGUUCCCGUGCAGCUUCGCGGAGCCCCAGCCGAGCGCCGGCGGUCGCCCUGCCCGCCGCCACUCUUCUGCGGCCGUGAGGGAGACCGCGGCUCGGCCGCAGCGGAGCCGCGAGUUGCAGGAUGUCUGAAGGGGACAGCGUUGGAGAUUCUGUCCAUGGGAAGCCAUCCGUGGUGUACAGAUUUUUCACACGCCUGGGACAGAUUUACCAGUCCUGGCUGGACAAGUCCACACCUUACACGGCUGUGCGGUGGGUGGUGACGCUGGGCCUGAGCUUUGUCUACAUGAUCAGAGUCUACCUAUUACAGGGCUGGUACAUCGUGACCUAUGCCCUGGGGAUCUACCACCUCAACCUCUUCAUAGCGUUCCUAUCUCCCAAGGUGGACCCCUCCCUGAUGGAAGACUCAGAUGACGGUCCUUCAUUGCCAACCAAACAGAAUGAGGAAUUUCGUCCCUUCAUUCGAAGGCUUCCGGAGUUUAAGUUUUGGCACGCGGCGACGAAGGGCAUCCUCGUGGCCAUGGUCUGCACCUUCUUCGAGGCCUUCAAUGUGCCGGUGUUCUGGCCGAUCCUGGUGAUGUACUUCAUCAUGCUGUUCUGUAUCACGAUGAAAAGGCAGAUAAAGCACAUGAUUAAAUACCGGUACAUACCAUUCACACACGGGAAGAGGAGAUACAAAGGGAAGGAGGACGCGGGCAAGACGUUUGCUAGUUAGAAGCUGGACUGAGUCACUCACGUGGUCAAGACCGGUUUGAGCCAUUGUAACCAUGCCUUUUCUUCACAUAAAGUAGUUGAUUAUGAGGGAGUCGGAUUUUCUUUGAAAAAGAAGCCUCAAUGAUUUGUAACUGAAAUAUCAGGUUCUUGAAGAAACUGGCAUUUAAACCAAAUUACGAUUUCCUCUUCAGCGAUUUUCAUGUUUCCCAGCAUACGGAAUUAGAGUAAAUGGCGGGCCCGGGGGCCGGGGCUCGGGGCUCGGGGCUCGGGAGGGCAGGAACCCGGCCGCCGUCCUGCUGCCCAAGGCCCUCCCGCCGGCAGAGCUGGCCCGGCUGGCGUGGAGAGGGGCCGAGGCCGCGAAGGCAGAGCGCGUGGCCUGCGGCUCUCAUGCCAGCUCCGGUGUUCAUCUCACUGGAGGUGGCUCCUGUUGGCCUUCACCAUGACGACUCUGCUCUGAGCUACCCUGCUUCUGAGGGCCUGGAAUUAUAAAUAUAUAUAUAUUCUAUUUUAAUUGUUUGAGAUUAUUUUGACACAUUUCUUUGAUACCUACAGUUUUGAUUUUGAUUAAUUUAAUCUGUGCUCAUGCAGCAGCCCCUGUAAGAUCAGCCUGGUCCACGCAGGCCAGGCUGCAGGUUUACCCGGUUCUCUCUCCCUGUGGGGGAGAACACGACCUACUACUGCAUGUUCGCUUUUUUGAUGUGAUAAACAUUUUACUAAUUGACUUUUUAAUUCCAACUUUAUUAAAGACAAUGUCCCCUUG